ACGUAGAAGGAGGGAGGGAAGAAGGAAGAAGGGAGAAGCAUGUGGAAUUGGGAAUCAACAUUCUUCUCCCAAUCAAAAGCCUGAAUUCAUUUCUGGUGAGUGGUGACUGGUGUGUAAUAAUUCAAGCAAAUUAGGGUUUGCAGUUGGGACUCUCGCUCCCAUUAUUUGGCGCCAAAGAUGUGGCACGAGGCUCGGAGGUCGGAGAAGAAGGUGCACGACAUGAUGGACGCCGCUCGAAAGAGGGCGCAGAGGCGAGCCGUUUACCUUGCCAAGAUACCUUGGAAUGGGAAACAGGAUGUUUUGAUUGACAGAUUCGAUGGGCGUGCUCUCCUUGAUUUCAUCCGUGAUACUGGACAUAGGCGUAUCCAGGAAAAGUCCGAAGAAGAAGAAGAAUUAGAAGAGUUUGUUAAUUUUGAGCGUUAUCGGGAUUUAAUAAAGCAUCGGCGUAGAGGAUAUACUGAUGAGGAGGCUCUGCAACAUGUAAAUCAAGAGAUGGAGGCCAAGGCUGCUGCUCCAUUUGCAUCAGACAGAGCUAACACGUCACAGCCUGCUGCAAACAAGGGAUCGUACUCUCAGGUGGGAUUUUCUUAUGAAGGGAAUGGAAAGGAUGAAUCCCAGAUUUCAGAUGAUGAGGAUGAUAAUGAGGAGGAUGAAGAUGAUGAGGAUGAUGAGGAUUUUAACAGUGAUGAUAGCAAUGAUGAAGGAAUGGAAGUAAUAGCUAAAGAAUAUGGGGUUAAAAGGUAUGGUUGGCUUGUUUACAUGGAUAAGAAAGCUAAGGAGGAAGAAAAAAGGCAAAAAGAGGUGAUCAAAGGUGAUCCUGCAAUUAGGAAGCUGAGUCGUAAGGAAAGGAGGAAAGCUUCUCAGAUUGAAAGGGAGAGAGAAAGAGAAGCAAUGCGGAUAUCUGGAACGCGUGUGCAGCAUCACGACCCAUACCGGGAAUCUAGACAAAGUCCCACAUAUGAAGCUUAUUCUCGAUCUAGGAGGUCAAGGUCUAGAUCACGGUCCUACUCUCCAUCGUACUCAAGGCGCUACUCCCGUAGCGGUCAUGCUGAUGAUAUCCACCGAAGCAAACCGCGAACACCUAAAAUAGAAUACAUUACUGAAUUUGGGGGCUCUGGAGAAGCAAAUGAACCCAGGCGGGAAGGAUUUUCUCCACCACGAUCUCCUCCAUCUCAAGUUGAUUCGUUAAACCGGUCAUCUUCUGGUUUCAUACUGGAGGCUUUGCAUGUUGAUCCUGCUUCUGGUGUCUCUGUUGAAAAGGAUAAGGGUGCUAAAGUCUCAAAGCCAUCUGUAAGCACAUCUUCAGCGCUAGCAAAAUUGAAGGCAAGUGGUUCUGGAGGGUCUUUAAAACAACAAGGGGAGAAGAAAGAAACUCCACAAGAAAGGCUUAAAAGGAUCAUGAACAGACAACUGAACAAACAAAUUAAAAAGGAUACAGCUGCAGAACUAGCUAAGAAAAGGGAGCAGGAGCGGCAGAGGCAGGAAAAGCUUGCUGAAACAAGCCGAUUGAAUCGCUAUAGGCGGCGCAGCCGCAGCAGAAGUUAUAGCCGCUCUCCUCCAAGAAGAUACAGGCGUAGUAGAAGUCGUAGUAGGAGCAGCAGGGGUUCUAGGAGAUAUUAUUCUGGUUCUCGCUCCAGGUCUCGGUCCCAUUCUCGCACCAGAUCACGUUCGCGGUCCCGUUCCCGCUCUCGCUCUCCUUCAUAUUCCCGCUCACCCAGGAUGAGAAACCGAUCAAGGCACUGAUGGAUGAAUGCUAUGUGCAUGUAGAAAGUCGGAGGGAGAUUUAUGUGCAAUUUUUUUGUAUAUGAUUUUCCUGCUCCCAAGUGUUUUAUCGAUGUGGUUAGUUGAGUUGUGCUGUUAUUGUUAGGCAAUAUUUCUAAAUCUGACAGUUAAACCAGUUUGUUAAUGUAUAUUCAACAAUUGAUAACUUGUACGUUUAUUUCCCUA